UUUUUUUAACCAGAGCCUUGAUCCUCGGCAACUCUUUCCUUCUUUCCGGAUGUUUACCACAAACAAAGUGUGCGAUUUGCUGGCUUCUCGUGCCUUUCGACGGGAUGGGCUCUUCCACGGGGAUGUGCCCAGCUCGUAGAUAGGAAAGGACCCCCAGCAGGAGGUGCCCGGUGUCAGUUAGCAAGUGUUGCAGGGAGGUGGCGAAUGCGUGCAGCCCAGUAGAAGCGACAGACACCUAGGCCAUAAGACACUGACCUAGGGGACUCGGUGAGGUCGCGCAGUGGCGACCGCAAGUAGUAUUGAGAGCGAGUGACCACUGCACGACCGACAUUCCCAGAGCCAAGGUCAAGCCUCGGCGGCUUGCAUGACUUUGCGGCCUCAGUGCCAACGCAACGCCACAAGCACGAGACUUACACCAUGCAGGAGCUGGAGACCUCGCCUCUCAUGGGCCAGACCCCUCACCCAUGGUGCUUGAAAGUGUCAGGAGGAGGUGGUGCGGUUCUGAACCCUGAGGCGUCCGUGUUCCACCUACCCCCCACCCCGGGCCUCAUGCCCACGUCCCAACACACACCCACCAUCAAUGGAUACCAUACCCACGUUUACCCCUUGAUGAAUGGGGAUGUUGGCAAGCAGUAUUGUGGGGUUUGCCCCCACACUCCUGAUACUCCUGGACCCAUGGCAGUAGAGUCUCCAGUGGAGCCUUGUAGCUCCUCCCCAGACACAACUAGUGGCACCAGUGGUCCCACAAGCCAAGCCCCUGGUAAAGCUGUGCAAGUUGACAACACAGUUCAAGACAUGGCAGCAGCUGGACAGAAUGCAGAUCAAGAGGGGAAUGCAAAGGCAUGCACUCCCCUGGGCAGCAGCCAGCAGAAUGGGGAAGUGUCUCCCGAGAGCAGUCGACCAAGUGCCUCCCCCCUCCCUGCCUCAGUGCCCACCCCAGACUCUAGUAGUAGCAAUGCUCCCUCUACUGAAAACCUGGAAAAGCCAGAAGAACCGAUUCCUGAAAGUAGCAGUAAAGAGGACACAACUACAAGCGAGACACAGGGCACACAGACAACACCAGCACAGACUCCCACUCCGAGUACGCCCACGGCAACCCCUCCAGCACAACCACAACAGCAGCCCACCCAGCAGCCUCAGCAACUCACCCGGGACCAGAUACAGCAGUUGGUGGCACAGCAAGUGGAAUAUUUCUUUUCUAGGGAGAACCUGAGCAACGACCCAUACCUGAUCUCUCAGAUGGACAGUGACCAGUAUGUGCCAGUUUAUAUACUGGCAAAUUGCUCACAAUUUAAGAGCAUCACUAAGGACCACAGCAUUAUUGUAGAAGCUCUCAAAGAAUCGCCUUUUGUCCAGCUAGACGAAGAAAAUAACAGAGUUCGGCCCAACUAUAAAAGAUGCAUUGUGAUUCUAAGAGAAAUUCCUGAGUCUACUCCAGUUGAAGAAAUAGAGGCGAUGUUCAAAAGUGACGAGUGCCCUAAGGUAGUUUCUUGUGAAUUUGUUCACAAUUCCUCUUGGUAUGUUACAUUUGAAUCUGAUGAAGAUGCACAAAAAGCCUAUUGGUACCUCCGAGGUGUUGUCAAGACUUUCAAGGAUAAGCCCAUCCUUGCCAGAAUAAAGACAAAGCCAGUGUCCAGACUAGGUUGUUUAUCAGUAUUACCAUCAUAUGGAAAUAAAGGAGGAGGUGAGGGGAAGGAAGGAUCUGGUCCUCCCUCAACCCCAGGUUCAGCUGGGUUACCGGGAGGACCUGGAACUCCUGCUCCAAAUACCAAUUUCAACAACCCCGGGGGACAACGGUUUAUGUAUUCAUCAACGCCUUCAACCGUUACUGCCAACUCGUACACAUAUUCUUACACAACGCCAGCUGCCUUUUUCUACCCAAACAUGGUGCAGUGGACAGCCCCAGGUGGGUUCUAUGACAUCAACGGGUUUCUGCAGUUCAAUGGACUCUCACCACAAGCUGCCUUCAAGCCCCCAAGUAACCAUAAUGUUAGAUAUAACGGUAACAGAAGGAAUUCAAAACACCGUGAUGGCAGAUAUGAUAAAGUUGACAACCGUCAUAAUAGUGGGGCUGGCCAAGGAAGCGGAGGGAAUAGCAACAAUCAUGGAAAUCAUCAAAAUCACUUCCCACAUUAUCCACCGCAGAGGCCACAUCCCCACCAUAGACCACAGUCCUCCCAGUCCCCAUCCCAGUCUACACACAGGAAUUCCCAGCCUCCCACUAGCACCACUGCCCCUCCUCCCCCUCCACCUCCCCCUCCACCACAGCCAUCAGCAGCAACAUCAGCUGGAACCAAUAACCAGAGCUUUGCUCAGUGCGAUCUCGCAAUAGCUAGUCAGUCUAACUUAUACACAUCAUUUAGUCCCCCAACGGGUCCAGCAACACCUGUGAUCCGGGCUGAAAAGAAAGAAGUGGUUACAGUCUCCAAGGCAUCUAGUAGCAGUAGCCCAUCACCUGUGUCAUUAGCACAGACGCCUGUGCAUACCACUACUGCCAGUCCUCCCUUCUCCAGUACCUCUAUGCUCAAUUCCUCAGUAUCCACAACUACUGUGGCAAGUGUGUCUGCCACUGUUGCAUCAACAACUUCAGCAGCCACAGUCAGUGUUGCUACCACCACAAGUACCUCACAUCAACCAGCCCAGCAGCACCAGGCACAUGGACCCACACAGCAGCAGCAUCAUGCUCAGCAUCAGGCUCCUGGUCCACCACACCGGAACAACUACAAUAAUGAUCAUUAUCAUGGUCAUUAUCAAUAUCACCCAGGACCUAGGGACCCUCAACAACCUAGACAAUUUUUCAAAAACUGGUUUUGCCCCAGGAAUCGUGGUGUACGCCGACGACCACGAGGUCGGGAAGAGGAGACCCAGACAAGUGGUGGUAACCGUAGCAUGCCUCAACGGGGAGGUACCACACAGCCUCCUAGCAAUGACAACCCAAAACAGGGAAAUAGCCAAGAAGCAACUCCUCCUCCUCAACCACCACAACCACAGUUUGACCUUGAGGCUGCAGCUUUUCCCCCACUUCCAGGUUCUGAUGAGCAAGUUCCAGUUGCAGAAGAGAAGAGACAGCCUGAAUCACUGCCUUCUGCAUGGGGAAGUGACACUCAGCGUUUCUCAGAUGUAAUGAAAGGAACCGCAAAACCCCGUGCCCCAUCACAGUCCUCUGUGGGAGAGAAGGAUUUGCCUUUAGAACCCUCUAUUCCCUCCAGCAGUACUUCUCCUGCCCCUUCAGUCUCUGCAGCUGCAGUACCUCCAGUAGCCUCAACUCCAACAUCCACAGCAGCUACUACCCAAGCUAGUCAAACCUCAUCUACUACUACCACUUUACCAUCAUCUCAAGAUGUUCUAAGCACAGCACCAACCACAGUUUCAUUAUCCUCUAGCUGUUCCACAGUUUCCUCGUCUACAACUUCAAAUACCACCAGUAAUGUAGUUGCCAGUAGCAGCAGCAGUAGCAGCAGCAGCAACAGUAGUAUUAAUAAAUUGGAGACACGACCUGUACCUAGGGAGCAGCGUGGAGGCCGGGAAGACAAACGGACAUUACCAAAUAGUGGGAUGAAAGAUAGGCGAGAUUAUACUCGGGACCAUCAGAGAGAUUUUUCACAGAGGGAAUCUGGUCGAUCAGGAAUGGGUAGAGAUCGUGAUCACAGACUUGGCCGUGAUAGCAACACUCGUACUGGAAAAGAAAACAGGCCAGUUCCAUCACGGCAGUGGAAGGAAGAGAAAGUGGAUGCAGAUGGCUGGAUCACAAAAGGGCCAAGGGAGUCCCGUGCUCACCGUGAGAUGAAUCGUGAACAGAGAGAAAGACAGGAGGCGAGGGAAGUAAGGGCUCAGCACCUAGUGAAUGGGGACUCUUCCCCCCCACCCUCUCCUAAGCCCCAAAAGACCGACCCCAAAGCCUGCAGUGAAGAAGUUAGUGUUGAAGAAUCCAAACAAACUGCUCAGCCUCUCAACAAUAAUGAUGGGGAGCACAAAACCAGUUGGGCAAAAAUGGCAUUAGCCUCGAAAGAUUAUAUGGAGAGAUUGGCAGCUGAACUAAAGGAAAAGGAAGAGCAGGAGAAGAUCAAAAAGAUGAGGCUAAACACCAGACCGCAAACUAAACCUCAAGAGAAGGUUUUAGUGCCCCGAGAACGUGAUGGCAAGCCCUUGAGGAGGGAUGGGCCACCUCGAGAAAACCGCCUCUCUGGUGAAAUGGGUUCUGCAAAGUUCAGGCCAAGAGACUCUGCAAGACCAAAGUCACCGAAGUGAAGGUGACAGUGAGAGAUCCACCGAGACAGAGGCCGCCCACCAGGCUGGGUAACCAUAGCCAGAGGAUCAAAAGGGAUGAGGAGAUACCUCUUCAAGCAUUGCUGCUUCCCUCACACAUACCAACAUGGAAGUCGGCAAUUUCUGCUGUUGGUGUCCUUUGGCAAGUGGUGCAAAAAGGGUAGCUAUAUACAAUGUAACUUCCCCCAGCCUGGUGACCCUGCACCCCACAUUGUUGCCCAGCAUUGUGUUGCUGCAUCAAAAGUGGCUGCAUCAUCCUUCUCCAGUGCCUAAGCUGUCUGCCAUUUAAUGUACAUAAUUAUGACAUAACCGUGCUGUUUGCUCCCGUAUGCAAUUUUGCCCGUCUGGAGAGCGUGUGACCGGUGCCAAACGUGGGGCAAUCCUGCUUACUUGUACAGUUGAGAGUUUAUUUUUGACUAUGAUAGCCUUGUACAUUAUUGAAAAUUUGGAAAAGCUACAUCUGAAACUAUGUAGCUGCUUCUUUUGAGUGUGUAUAUGUGAGUGCUUGUCUCGUGGCUGAAUCAAAAUAAAGAACAGCCCUCUCAUUGCAUAUUGCUUAGAGGACAAUAUUUAAAUUAACUUAAGACAUUGGUUCCUCAUAGAUUGAAAUUGAGGAUAUAAUUACUACAGAACAUUAUGGCCACAACUAUUUGUUUGUGGCAGUGUUGUCGUAAACAAACCUAAGGUUGCAUUAUUGGCACCUCUCAAUGUUUUGGCUGUGACCCAAGGAACAAGUCUUUCUUCUUGCUGAAGUGUACUUGAUCCAUGUAGAGGAAAAGAGGUGUUUAAUAUGUGAAUAUGUAUAUGAGGGUGUGAACUGGCCCAAAGGAGCAAGUCUACUCCUGCCACCCAUCCCCUGCUGCGACACAGGUUGUGAGUGUGCCAGUGACAAACACUUGUUUUAGACAAAUCUCUGGGGAUGUGAUUAUAACCAGCCAGGGAACCUAUUACAAAUUGGGACUUUUGUAUUGGUUUUGGCUGAUAUGCAAGUGAUAUAAAACAAAUGAAACUCCUAAAUCAGUGGUAAACUAGUGAUGUAAAGAGCAUUGUUUGACCAGCAGGUGUGUGACAAUAAAUGUGUUACUAGUUGGUUGUUUAUGAGUGUUUAACAUAGGAGAUUGGAUCCUGCAAAUGAGCUAGUACUGUGUUAAGAUCUCGAUGACUUCAAGAGAGUGAACAUGUACAGAGGUGAAUAAUGUCCAUAUUGAUAGUGACCCUAAUCUAGGGUUUGGUUUUAAGCGAUAUACAAUUGUUGACUUUGUAUACGGGAGUGAGUGAUAGAUUGCCUGGUAGGUGUAUGUUGGAAUACUGUGUCCUGAGCUUGGUUCUGUGUUGUACAAAACACAAUCUCGAUAACAUUUUCCUUUAAAGAAGUGCUCUUGUUAUAGAAGCAUUUAGACACUAUACCAGAGAUUUGGUUGUCAAUGAGUGUUGGAUAGUAAAGAAUUUAUUACAAAGUCAUGGCUUCCAUAUUUUCCAUUUGCCGUUGUAAUUGCCAAUAGUUGUGCUCGUCUGAAAUUGCUUAUUGGCCAGUGGGCAUGAAGCUUUAGCCCAAGUCACAUACUAAAGCUUUGCUGAAAAUGUGCUUGCAAAAUUUGAAUACCUAAUACCUCUCUAGUUUAGCCAGAGAUCCGAAGAGCCAGCCUCAAAAGACAUAGUUUCAUUUACUGUUAAUCUGGUGCGAAAGACAAGGUGAGUGCAACCUUUGGCCAAUAGCUUUGGACUACAGCUUUGAUCCUUCUAUGUGAGCACCAAGGCUUUAUUGCUGCAUGUUAGUGGUGUGAGGGGAAAAGUACCAAGACAGUAGGUCAUCCUGUUGUAAAGGAGAAAAUUAUUGGCCUUGACUUGUAUUGCACACCGUACUCUUAUUUACUUGGUAUUAUUUAUGUCUAGAAGUUUAUUGGUAUUCCAGUAUGCAUUUACUGAAUUAAAUCAUUGGAGGAUGGCAAUAGCUCUUCUGUUAAGGUUGUAAUCUUAUUAUCAAGACGAAGGUUGUCAUCUUCCAUUGAACCACCUAAAAUAGCACAAGACUAUUCAUCACAACGUCAUCAGAUUUUGCAGUUCGAGAUGUGUAGAAAGUCCAUGAUAGUUGGAAGUAGUAUAUUCAGGUUUUAUAAUGGCAAGACUGUAACGUCUUAGUCACCCAGUAAUCAUGGAAGUAAAAAAAGGGAGAUUCCUCCUGAGAAAAGUUGUUGCAAAUGCUGACACAUGUAGGCCUAUAACCCUUAUCUGUGUUGUCACUACUCAAUACUGCCUGUCAUUGUCACUUCAUUUAUGUUUUAAGCAUCAAAAAUCACAUAGGUAUAUAUAUAUAAUUUUUCCCCCUUAAUUUUUCUUUUCUUUUCUGGGAUAGCAAAUCAUCUAUUACAUUAUAUUUAAUAAGUUAAUAUAAUGAUAACUUAAACAGUUCCUUAGUUUCUUUUGAUAUCCAGAGUCUAGAUAAUUUUUGAAGAAGCUACAGAAGGACUUGUUUGUUAAUUUUAAUGGUAAGUGAAAUGGAGCCAGGUUUAGUGACCUUCCUAUUUUCAAUCAGAUGGCAAAGACAAAUUUGUUCACGAAAAGGAUAAUGAGACUCCCAGGUCCUCGAAUGAAAAGAAGGAAGAAUAAGAUUUAAAAAAAAAAAAAAAAAAAAAAAAAAAAAAAAAAAAAAUAAUAAUGUAGAUGAAGAAAAUCAUGUGUUAGUGUUUCUGGUGUUUGCCUUUUUUUUAUUAAUUUGUUGAAUUCGUGUGAGCUCGUUUGGAAACCUUUAUUUCACAUAUGCAAUUUUGUUUUAGUUUAGUUGUUAUUAGACAAAACAUGCCGUAACUUAUGAUACGACUAUAAUUAACUUGAAAUUGUACGCAUUAUACAUGGAGGCAAAGUGUACAUGAAUGAGCUGAAGGGAGAAAUGCACUUUUAGACUAUGCUAAUUAGACAUCCUAUUCAAUUCUAUAUAAAUAUAGGGAAAGUGAAGAAAUUUAUUUUUCAUUUUUUACAUCCCUGUAGCUCAUACAUGUAAAAAUACACGUACACGAGGCUGGGAGUUAAGCAUAUUAGUUUAUGAAAAAUUAAACCUGGAUAGAAACUACCGCCUUGGCUCCUUUUGGUGCACCAACCCAUUUCAAGUUUCAAGAGUGGAAAGUCCUUCAUCUCGGACUCAGGGUGGAAUGUCUACCACUAGUACCUGAGAUAAAUAGCCCCCAAAGUAUACAUGUUUUUGGAUAUGAAGGUGUGAUCAUUUGUCAUACCUUUCGUAACCAUCACCACGAUUUACAUAUAUUCUACUAGAGACUGUAGACUCUUUGGCUGGUGUGAGACCAUCACAGUUACUCAGGAACUCAGACCGUCAGAUGGCAGUGAAUGAGAUCUCGUCUGGAGGUCGCUGUUGGGGUGCUGUCUGUCUCACUGAUUCUAGGGUGCUGAUUAUAUGUUGCAAGGAUAAUAUUUAUGCUUGUUUUAAACUGUAUGUAUCAUGAGAUUAUUUCUAAUUUUCAAGAGGAUGUGAAAACACAUGAAAUAUUGGACAAUGUCCAUGAGCUGGGUGUAAUUUGUUGAUGUAAUGCUAUGAUAUGAUUCCACUGUAAUCUUGGUGAGGUGGUCCCGUGAAGGCUUCCCCCGUCAGCCCCUUGAGCUGGCGGGGGACGUGACUGUACUAUAACCAUCAACACGAUGUAAUAUUUGCUCUCAAAUGAUGUUAAUAAUCCUGAUAUUCUGUAUGCCUUGUUCUUCUUUUUGUUUCAAGUGGUUAUAUACAUAAUACUGAUGCCAUUAUGCAAGAUGUAUGAAAUGUGUGCGUGUGUGUGUGCGAUCUCAAACCUGUAUUUAACUUGACACUACAGAUGUAUAAAAAAUACACCAGCUCCUCGAGUGAUUCUCUGGACAGACUUUGUGAAGGAGUAAGCCAGGGUAUAUAAAGUAGUAGUCUGUAAGAACACUUCCAAUGCUGUCACUACGCCAUCACCACCUUUCUCUCACUCGCUCAACACAAAACAAAUUCUUUGUUUCUGUUAAAAAUUUAGUUUGAAAAUAAAUUUCGCAUGUGGUUUUCAGUGGAGAACUUUUUACUCAGCCUUUAUACAAAUGUUACCAUUACUUGUAUAGAGUGUUAUAUUAACGUGGCUGUAUGUGUGAGCUGUCCAUAGAUUUACUCUGCAAUUUCACGGAAGCCUAUGUAUUGUAUCAAGAAAAUAUUUGUGAGAAAAUAACAUCUCCAUACCUUAGAAAAAGGUUGGAUGCAUGAAUUUGUUGUUUCUGGUAAAAGUAACAAUCCAACAAGUAGUAGUGUGACUUGUCCUUCAUUCUGGAAAAUAAAUUGUGUUAUUCACAAGACCAUGCUUUAUGUUUAAUCAAAUUCCAAGUAUUUUAGGAAUCAAACUACUUGGAAUAAGUGUAACAUUUUUAUUUUGAUAUACAUAUCAUUCCUCCACUUUCAAGCUGUCCUCAGCUAAAGAAUUUCUCAUUCAUCAGCAGAAAAAAAAAUUGAAUAGCCACUUGACAAAGCAUUUGAUGAACACAGCGAUAUUAAUCAGUCCAACACAUUUAGCAUUGAUAACUACAGACAUACAAAUUACCACUUAAUUAAUAGUUUGGUCAUAACAUAACCAGCUGGGUUAAGACUGCUUCAUUUUCUUACUAGUAUUCUUUGGAGACCAGUGUUUUAGUACGUUUGAGAGAAUAUAAUACAGAUUUCCCCGUAAGCCCCGUCCGCAUGAGUGAAUAGCAUCCGGUUAACUCGGCAUUCACCACGCACGGCAGUGACUGGUCAGUGAAAUUGGCAGGCUUUCAUGUUGACAUGUAGAAAAGUUGAGUGAGUAUGAAUAUCUUGUAUUGUGAAGAUAUUCAUUCUCCUCUAUACCUAUUUUACAAAGCAUUGAAUUGCACACUUUCAUCCCCACCCCCUCGUUCUCGUUUCUGCCCACAUUCUUCUGUCCUCUCCUCUCUUUAUUACUUAAAUACAGUAGGUCUAGCAACAUCUAAUAAUUGGAUUCGUGAAUCACUCCACUGCUGCAAGACCAUCUUCCUGGUCUGCUGGCAAACAAGCCGCGAGUGGCAGACGCUAUACGCUCUUGUGGACGGAACUUAGUCAUUCCUAAAGAAACGCCUGACUGAUGUGACUGCUCAAGUGUUAGAAGUAAGAUUAUAAUGCCCUUUUUGUUUUCUUCCAAAAAACUGGUAAAUGGCAGCUUUCUAAGGCACGGUAUUGAGAAAGAAUAAUAGUUCGAAAGUUUGUUGAAGGUCGAUUUGGUUCAUUUAUGAGAUGGCAUGGGAAGCUAGAUGUUGCUGUAUCAAGACAACGAAAGUAAAACGGAACAGAUAUUAAUUGGCUUUAUCUUUACUGAUGGGAGUAUCCCUUACAUUGAAUACAUUAAAAUCAGUGUGAAUCGGCAAACAUUUGCAAUAUUUGUAGCAGUGUGUGUUUAAUAGUACUUCCUUUGUUACAAUGUGAGAAGGAUGUAAAUAUUUAAAUUAAAUCGGUUAAUGUUUCUUAAACCUUACACUUACAUAUGCAUACAGUGGAAAAGACAUGUUUAUUAUCUAGAGGUUGGUCACUUAGUAUGUAGUAUUUAUACAGUUAUAUUUGUUCUACAAUCGAAGAAGAGGAAUGUACUUAAUAUCUUAGUUGCAAGUUUUUCUUCUUUCCUUUUCACCUAACAUUCAGUAUAUUACAAGUAAUGUACUUGAAAACGCUCUCGGGUGAUUCCAAAGUUGCAAUUCGUUGCUUUAUAUGUCAGCAUUAGUGAGUUUGCUGCCUACUGGUAUUGCUAAAUACAGUUAGAUUGCAAAGGUAUAUACUUAAUAUUAAUUUGUGCAAAUAUCUCUUAACUAAAUAUAUACAUAUCUUUAGAUGAAAGAACGGGAUCUGAUGCCAGCUGUGACAAGAGUAAUUUCAUUUGAAUGUGACGAGAAGGACCAACCCUCAACAACCAUUUAAUAUCUUUGAGAUACUGGAUACUCGCAUAUUCUUGAAGAUAAUUGUAUUUUUUCCUUUAUUUUUCGAUUAUUUGUCAUAAAUAUGCAAAACAUGCAUUUUGCAAUGGUAUUGUACUUGUUGGUUGUAUGAGGAUACAGUACAUAUGUUUAAAAAAAAACAGUUCCGGA